AUGGAAGGUGCGCCUGCCGUGGUGCGCUUAGCAUUCCUGGAAUCUCUCGUGGUACAGGAGGUGCAAGAAUAUGGCACAGCCAAAGCAGUCUCAACGUGGCAGCGUGCCGGUGUGGAGCCAGCAGAUGUUGUGGCGGCCUGCGUGGACUAUGUCUUCCGAGACGAGGAGGAGGAAGAGCUCUACCGCCAUGUUCCGGUUCCACGUCGCCCGCGCACCCGCAAGCGCUUUCUUCGCAUGCGAAAAAGGGUCUUUCAGCAGGAAUGGUGGGGCCCAAGAGGCUCGGUACGCAUCGCAGGUUCUUCCGGUUCCUACUCUGCACUUCCGUACCGGCUGCCGUUGACCACGGAGGAGCUGCUCUCCGCGCCCGACAAGGCACUCCAAGCGGGCUCGGCCAUCGCGGAACCCGAGGCGUUGAACGCCUUGGGGAAGCAGAAGGAGAAGGAGUCCAUGGAGAAGCGCCAAAGGCGGCAGCGCAAGGAGCAAGCUUCGGCCAAGCGUGCCGGUGCCUUGCUGCAGUGGCUGGAGGACUCCAGGUCCAUCGACCUGAGCAACUUGAAUCCCCCAGAGGCCUUGCGGCUGCUUCUCCGGUUGGGAAAAGACCUGGGAAGCGCGGCGGAGCGCGUCCUGGAGGCCUGGCUCAAGGAUGCCCAGCAAGAGCCGCUGAACUAUGCCGAACACUUGAUUCUCAGCGUCUCCAAGGCCCUGCGUUCGCAGCCGGCGAGUGCACCGGCCUGGAGCCACUUGGCGCAGCUGUUGCUGGCGCGUUGGUCAAUGAUGUCAGGCAGUACAUUGGCUCCCUCCUUGGAGGUUCUUCCAAAGAAACUCACCGCGGCACCCAAUGCACUGCGACAGGCACUACUGACGUCCUGCGAGAUCGAUCCUUUUGCAUUUCGCCCCUUGAGUUGGCAAGAACUCUGCACAGUGAUGGAGGCCUGGGACCGUAGUCCCGUGCCGGUGCCCUUGUCCCUGCGCUUGCUGUGGGUCGUGGCGGCCGAUCCCUUCAUCGUUUGCUUCCGCGCCCGGCAGUUGGUCCUAGCCUCGAGGUUAGCUGCUGCGGAGGACUUGCAGGACUUAGAGCUGCCUCAGGAGGUGGCGGUGGAGGAUUCAGCCAGCCUCGUCCUGGAGUGGUGGGACCGAUGGCUGAGGUCAGUCCUAUCCAACCCCGCAGGGUGGGCCUUUUGUCGCGAGGCGCUCCGCCAGGCCUUGAACUGGCAGCGGCUCCUUGGGCAGAAACGGCUGCCGGAUGAGGUGCCAAAAGCGGCCGCAGCCAAGGUACUGCAGGUGGUAGUUCAGCGCUUGGGCAUGGGACUGGACAAGGUGGAGGUUCCAACCCAGCUGCUGUUGGAGCUCCUGGAGUUGGAAGAAAGUGGUUUGGAGGAGAAGUUGGCUGAGGAGCUUACCAGGCGAAUCCAGGCCUCUCUGUGUGAAGGGCCUCUGAUUCCGAUGACUACAGCCGUGGCACUGGCGAAUGGCAACACACCGGCAGGGCUUCCUGGACACCGUGGUGCCUUUUUGACAGAUGGGCGCACCUUGCUUUGGAGAGAUCCCGUGCCCUCGCGGCUCGUUGCUGUGGAGUGGACUGGUGGCAUCCAUCGCCGCCCAGCUGAAGUCCAAACGUCAGGUUGA